GUCCACUUGUCGCACUUGAGGGGCCUUUAUGACUCACAGACAUUGCUUCAGCGAUAUUGUACUAGGCUUGCUUCACAAAUGCCGAUCGGGCGAGCAGCAUUCAAUCGAGAGCGGAAUGUCUUACCUCACCAGUGCGACCAUGAAGAUAGCAUUGCAUAUACGGGACCUGUAACACGGCUGUCUCGGGCGAGUGCCUGCCGCACAUGUUGGACCCUGUUUGCCAACUCCGGUCGGAAUAUAGUCCUCCGUCAGGCAUCAGACUACAAAAGCAGAGUCAAAAAGAGUUGGACUCUGCACGAAUCAUUCCCUAUCCUUUGAGAUGUCUUCUACGACACCGCACGACAUAAGCAACUCCCGUGUCUGGUUUAUUACAGGUAGCAACCAAGGGCUUGGGAGGGCCCUUCUAGAGGCCGUUCUCGCCUCCGGGGAGCGUGCAGUCGCAACUACGCGCAGACCAGAAACGCUCUCUGAACUGUCACAGCGGUAUCCUCUCUCACAACUACUUGUAGUUCCUCUUGACGUCACAGAUGAAGAGCAGAUCAAGGCUGCAUUCAAGGCUACGAAGGACCAGUUCCGGCGCCUGGACGUUGUAGUCAACAAUGCCGGAUAUGGGAUCCAGAGCGAGAUCGAAGGGACUCCAGAGCGCGACGCCAGGAGGAUUGUUGAAACCCUCUUUUGGGGAGCGGUACACGUCACGAAGGAGGCCAUUCCACUUUUGCGCGAUAUGAACCCGCCAGGUCAUGGAGGCCGCAUCCUCAAUAUUAGCUCAGUCGGUGGAUACAUCGGAAACGCCACGCGGGCCUUCUACAACGCCGGAAAAUUCGCACUCGAAGGGUUUACCGAAGCAUUCACCAAGGAGAUGCCGCCAGAGUGGAACAUCCGCGGCAUCAUCAUCCAGCCCGGCGGUUUUCGCACAGUAUGGGGCGGCACCUCCAUGCUAACGCUGCCCAUGCCCCCCCAGUACGACCGGCCGGAUUCCCCGUCCGUCAAGUUCCGCGCUUUGACGCAGAACGCUGCACCAUUCAUCGGCGACCCGCACAAAGCUGCGCUGGCAAUCAUGACGAUCGCGUCCCUGCCGGAUCCGCCGUUGAGGAUCCAGCUGGGCACUGAUGCGGCGCUGUCGGUCAGGAACAAGGCAAUGAGGACGAUCAGUGACACGGAUAACUACGAGGAGUUGUCGCAUUCGACGAAUGCUGACGACGUGGACCGGGAAAAGGUGAUGGAGAGGCUGAGGGGAGCUACUCGCGCAGACAACUAUUAG